UUUCGGUAAACACAAAAGAAGCAGUGAAUUAAAAUGAUGUCGAUCUCUCCAUCGCUCUUCGACCGAGGGUUCAGCAUAUUUGAUCCCUUCCAGAGUUUCUUCUCUGACAAUUCCAAUCUAUUGGGUAUUUCCACCAACACAGAGAUGGAUUGGAAGGAAACCAAAGAUGCCCAUGUCUUCCAAGUGGAUCUUCCAGGCCUCACCAAGAACGACGUGAAACUAGAGCUUCAUGAAGGGAAGGUUCUUCAGAUCACAGGGGAAAGGAGCGAAGUAGACGCAGCGGAGAAGGACGAGAAAUGGCAUUGCAAGGAGAGGACAGUUGGCAAGUUCACCCGGCGAAUAUUUCGUCUACCGGAGAACGCAAAGAUGGAUGAGAUAAAAGCUACAAUGGAGAACGGAGUGCUAACAGUGACUGUGCCAAAAAAUGAAGAUGAAGAGGUCAAGGAAACAAAGCACAGAGCCGUCGAAAUCACUGGUGAUGAUGAACACCAACACCAACGUAUUUCCAAAGGACUUGGUCGUUUCGUGUGUUGCAAAGCUUAACUAAAUUCAUUAGA